GGAAAGAGGGAGGGAGGGGAACGGGAGGUUCAGGCGGGGUUCCUUGAGAAAGGUGCCUGGAGAGCUGAGGAGUCCUUGGCAUCCCAAGCCACCUUGUGCUGUGAACAGCAAGAGUGUUUCUCCACUCUGAAAGCCCUCAGCACCUACCUUUCCAGGGCACCCUGGAUCACUUCCUUGCCUGGUCUUAAUUUCCGGCCCACCCAGGAGCCUGCACUGGGCACUCUGCAGGUAAGAGCUGAAGUGUAUGUCACCGUGGGGGCACGCAGCAUGCUGGAGAUGCUUCUGAAAAACUUGACUUCCAAAGGCCAUAGCAGAGCCCCAUGGUAGCCAGGUGGGUGAAGGGGAGCGAGGACGUGCCACUUGCCCUGCAGAAGAUUCCUGACCUACAGAGUGAGUGACCAGGUGGUCCAAAGAUGGAUGCCAUUCACAUUGGCAUGUCCAGUGCUCCACUGGUGAAGCAUACCAAUGGAGUUGGACUCAAGGCCCACCGACCCCGAGUCAUGUCGAAGAGUGGACACAGCAAUGUGAGAAUUGAUAAGGUAGAUGGAAUCUAUUUGCUCUACCUCCAGGACUUGUGGACAACCGUCAUUGACAUGAAGUGGCGAUAUAAGCUCACCCUAUUUGCUGCCACCUUUGUGAUGACCUGGUUUCUGUUUGGUGUGGUCUACUACGCCAUAGCUUUUAUCCAUGGUGACUUAGAACUUGGGGAAUCUAAUUCUAACCAUACACCCUGCAUUAUGAAAGUAGAUUCUCUCACAGGAGCAUUCCUCUUUUCCUUGGAAUCACAGACUACUAUUGGCUAUGGGGUCCGUUCCAUCACAGAGGAGUGUCCCCAUGCUAUCUUCCUCUUGGUUGCCCAACUGGUCAUCACCACCUUGAUUGAGAUCUUCAUUACAGGGACCUUCCUGGCCAAAAUUGCAAGACCCAAAAAGCGAGCUGAGACCAUUAAGUUCAGCCACUGUGCAGUCAUCAGCAAGCAGAAUGGAAAGCUGUGUCUGGUCAUCCAGGUGGCCAACAUGAGGAAGAGUCUCUUGAUUCAGUGCCAACUCUCUGGAAAACUUCUGCAGACACAUGUCACCAAAGAGGGAGAGCGAAUUCUCCUCAACCAGGCCACUGUCAAAUUCCACGUGGAUUCCUCUUCCGAGAGUCCCUUCCUCAUCCUGCCCAUGACCUUCUACCACGUGUUGGAUGAGACAAGCCCUCUGCGGGACCUCACACCCCAGAACCUAAAGGAAAAGGAGUUUGAACUGGUGGUGCUUCUCAAUGCCACUGUGGAAUCCACCAGCGCAGUCUGCCAGAGCCGAACAUCUUACAUCCCAGAGGAGAUCUACUGGGGCUUUGAGUUUGUGCCUGUGGUUUCUCUCUCCAAAAAUGGAAAGUAUGUGGCUGAUUUCAGUCAGUUCGAGCAGAUCCGGAAGAGCCCGGAUUGUACCUUCUACUGUGCGGACUCUGAGAAACAGAAGCUUGAAGAGCAGUACAGGCAAGAGGACCAGAGGGAGCGUGAGCUGAGGAGCCUUCUGCUGCAGCAGAGCAACGUCUAGCCCUGGCCGGCCGGCCUCUGGGCAUCUCCUAGCCAGGGCUCCUCUCAAAAGCAAAGGCUGCCAUGGACAUAACAGGUGGCCCCGCUACCAAACCACACAAGCAUUCAUGGCCACCUUCCCCUUUGUUCUGGUGGCUGAACAAGCAUUUCUGAAUAUAAAAGGACGUCUUCAGAGUGCCUGGUCAGAGGUGAACACUCACAUUCAGAUUUCCCCCUAAAAUGGAGCUAUAUAUUGAAGAACGGAGUGUAGGGAGAUGGAGAGGACUCCCAUUGGAGGACAUACACAGCAAUGCUGACAGUGGAUGGCAUGUAUGUCUAUUCAAGAACAUCUGCUUAUAAUGCAAAGUAUUUAUUUAACCCACCUGAGGUCUGAGGCAUAAUUCGCUAUUUGCUCAUAGCUCUGCUUAGGAACGCACUCCUCAUUUCAAGUACAUACAUUUUUACUUGUAAUGAUUGUUAUCAGGUGAUGAUCAAAAAAUGUUGGGGAAGCAGGGACUUAACGCUUGCAGAAUACAGCCCUUUUAUUUUUACAUUCUUCCAUAGACUUUAAUUGUGUGGAGUGGACAUAUCAAAUCAGGAAUCAAGAGUUCAGAAAAUAUGUCCAUCUCUUGAUUCUAUGGUCCCCACCACUUCUGGAGGAAGCAUGUACUACCCUCGUUUUCCUUUAAAAUGUCCUUCACAGACAAGCCAAAUAGCAUCAUUUAAGGACAUAUUGGCAACACACGCAAUCAGGUUUCAGUCAGGCUUACAGAAGCACCCCUGUUGCAGGCUCUGAGUAAUGUUUUCACUGUCAUUUGUCUAGAUCCACAUAGACAAAAGAGUGUUUGUUCUAUGUCUGUGUGUCCUCCAGGUCUGCCGACUGUCUGUUGGUGUUAUCAGUCAACACAUCCAUCUCUCAGCUAGUUCAGCUUUUCCCUGGGAACACACCUUGGCCACAAAGAAAUUGCACAGAGUUACUAAUGUCUUAAGAAUGAGACAGUUCCCUGAAAGUUGUGACUGUCACAGUUCAGUUAAUUCAUGGACUGAAGACUACAGACAAAAGAAAACUGAAACUGUGUCACGAAUAGGAAGUCUGCAUGGAUACUGCAGUUUGCAGCUCGUGUCACAGAAGAGGAGCCAAGGGAGAGAGGUGUCUGUGAACAGGAGGCUCCCUUGUGCAAGAGCCUAGAGCAAAUGCGUAGUACAGCUCAGUGAUACAGGGGUAACAUUUUGCUUCUAAAAUAAUGUAGGGGUAUAAUGCCUGCUUUUCCUUGGGAAAGAGAACAAGUGGGCUAGGAUUGGCUGAAUAGAUAAAUGCUGUGUGCUCAUUUUAUCAGGACAAACUAGAAAUUCACUCAAGUGCCAUGCGACCAUGAAGGUGCAGGCAACACACACACACACACACACACACACACACACACCCCUCAUACAAUAUGCCAGUGUGCUCUGGCUCUGCAAACACAAUACCAGGCAUGUGAGGUCAGAGGUCACACUAAGAAAGUCUACCACACUGUCCUCAUGUUCAUCUGAUUCUUUAAGAAAAUGAACACUUGGGCCCAGAGAAGCUGGGGAGGCUUUAGCUGGAUCUAGCUGCUAGUGUGAACUACUGCACACCUAGUCAGAACCUCAUGGGACCACAUUUGCAAGUGUCUUUCCUUUAAACAACAACAAAAUGUGGAAAUAAAAUCUUUGGGUUGGAACCGA